UUUUCCUCAAAAGUGACUCAUCUUUUGGCCAUUGAGUUCCCCUUUUUUCAGUUUUCAAAUAAAGUCUCACUUGAGCUUCUUUGAUUCUGCUCUUAAAGAACUGCCGCUGCCUCGCUUUAUGAUGUCAAAGACUGAUGCUGAAAUCCGGUUUGGGAACACGGCUGAGCUGCAUGGAACUAAAGUUCAGAUUCCAUAUUUAAUCACAGAAAAAAAUACCUUCAAAAGAAUCGAUGAUGAGGAUAAACAGCAGGAAACGCAGUCUCCCUCGAUGUCACCUCUUGCCUCCCCUCCUUCUUCCCCGCCUCAUUACCAGAGGGUGCCCUUGAGCCAUGGCUACAGCAAACUGCGGAGCAGCACGGAGCAGAUGCAUUCAGCUCCUUAUGAAGCUAGACAGCCCCUUGUCCCGCCUGAGGGACCCUCAUCAGGAGGCCCAGGAGCCAAACCCCCUCGGCAUCAGGCUUCCCUUAUCCGGUCCUUUUCAGUGGAGAGAGAACUUCAGGAUAACAGCACUAGUUACCCAGACGAACCCUGGAGGAUAACGGAAGAGCAGCGCGAGUACUAUGUCAACCAGUUCCGGUCCCUUCAGCCUGAUCCGAGUUCCUUCAUUUCAGGUUCUGUUGCCAAAAACUUCUUCACCAAAUCAAAACUUUCCAUUCCAGAACUCUCCUAUAUAUGGGAACUGAGUGAUGCCGACUGCGAUGGAGCCCUGACCCUGCCAGAGUUCUGUGCUGCAUUUCACCUCAUUGUGGCCCGAAAGAACGGCUACCCACUGCCUGAGGGCCUGCCUCCAACUCUGCAGCCAGAGUACCUGCAAGCAGCCUUUCCUAAGCCCAAGUGGGAGUGUGCAUUAUUUGAUUCUUAUUCUGAGUCAGUACCAGCAAACCAACAACCCCGUGACUUGAAUCGGAUGGAGAAGCUGUCUAUUAAAGACAUGGCCGACUUUCCUGUCCCUACCCAAGAUGUGACUGGUGAUGACAAACAAGCUUUGAAGAGUGCUACUGAUGAAGCCUUACCAAAGGACAUGUCUGAGGAUUCAGCCACUCCUAAGGAUUCCAACAGUCUCAAAGCAAGACCAAGAUCCAGAUCUUACUCUAGCACCUCCAUAGAAGAGGCCAUGAAAAGGGGCGAGGACCCUCCCACCCCGCCACCGCGGCCACAGAAAACCCAUUCCAGAGCCUCCUCCUUGGAUCUGAAUAAAGUCUUCCAGCCCAGCGUGCCAGCUUCAAAGUCAGGAUUGUUACCUCCACCACCUGCACUCCCUCCAAGACCUUGUCCAUCACAGUCUGAACAAGCAUCUGAGGCCGAGGUACAUCCCCAGUUGAACAGGGCCCCCUCUCAAGCUGCAGAAAGUAGUCCAACAAAGAAGGAGAUAGCAUAUUCUCAGCCCCCAUCAAAGCCCAUCCGUAGGAAAUUCCGACCUGAAAAUCAAGCUACAGAAAAUCAAGAGCCUUCUACCACUGUAAGCGGGCCAGCUUCUGUAGCAACUGUGAAAACCCAUCCAGCAGUCCAAAAGCAGUCUUCCAAACAGAAGAAGGCUAUUCAAACUGCUAUCCGCAAAAAUAAAGAGGCAAAUGCCGUGCUGGCCCGUCUGAACAGUGAGCUCCAGCAGCAGCUCAAGGAGGUUCAUCAAGAACGGAUUGCAUUGGAAAACCAAUUGGAACAACUUCGUCCAGUCACUGUAUUGUGACCCUCCCCGCCAAGAUUCAAGUAACAGUGGGUGACCUUUUCUGCCAAGAUCUUUCCUUUGAAUGUUUCAACGCAACUACAUGUCAUAGAUGUCUGAGACUGUCAAAAGCUCUGAGCAGCGGAAUAUAAUCAAUAUCACCUUUUCUCUUGUGCUUCACACAUACGUUUUUACUGUGGUGGAAAAAAUACAACUGAUUGUCACACUUAAAAUUGUAAUUAUCAGUGGAAUUUAUCUCCCAUUCUUAAGUAUUUCCUCAAGGUGUUAGAUGUUGCUCCUUAUUGAAAACCAAUCUUCUAGCAAAUAAAAACAAUUUAGAGCAUUAUUUAUUUAAAGAGUUUAUGAUUUGUACAAGACCUUGUAACCCAGUACCUUCAGGAUGCUUGUUUUAUUUUCAUAUGUAUAUCAUAUAUAGUAGGUUGGUUUCCUGAAUAAUUGUUAUUCCAACUAGAUAGUCUUUGGCAUGAUGAUGAUAAAAACAAAAACUAGAAGUAAACAAAAUCAUUAGCUUUAGACUGGCACUGUACCCUCCACCACUAUACAUGUGCCAAAAACUGCUUCUCUAGUGCCAUCUUGAUAUUAUAUCUAGCUAUGAAUAGUACAUGACUGUUGUUUUCUAUGGAAUAGCAAAGACUUGUUCAGUCUUACACCUCUGUGAAGUAGUAGUUUUGUCCAUGAUCUGUUUAACUUGGCCCAGCUAUGCUGUCAACACAAAUAACUCAGCCCAUUCAUGCAGGUUUUUGGACAAGAGCAAUCUGCCCUAACUGCCUUCCCCAAUCAAAUUAAGUAACUAGUUGCCAGAUCUCUACUUCUAUUCUGCAUGGGUUAAUAUAUCUGUAAAUGCAUGAAUGUGGAAACCACUCAUCAAAUGUGAAAGGCUGAUGAAACUGUUUGGACUGAUGAAUAUUUGUUGUUUGAACCCAGGUAUUCAAACUAAGGAAGAAGGGGCAAUGAUUAUUACCAGUAAUCCAACAGUCUUUGGUAUUUAUUUUUGUCUUUGUUAUUUUAACCCAGAUCACAAGUGUAUUGAGUAUGAAGAAAUAAUGAAAGAAAGCUGAUCCUUACACUUGAUAUAUGAUUAUUUUGUUCUCUGUGAAGUGACCCUUGAGGAGGGAUUGGUUUAUGUGCAGUUCAGAGGCGCCCAACCGACUCCAGUGUAAGUGAUGUAAAACAUAAAACAGUAAGCUCCAAUCACAGAAGCCAGUAUUCUAUAGAAAUCUACGUGGCCCCUGCUUGUCCUGCAGGCUCAAGCUGACAGUGGGAAUUGACUGGCUCUCCCAGGUAUCUGGGCUCUCUAGCUUUAACAGCACUUCAAGAUACUGAUGGCAAAUUUGCCAUCUCUUGUGCAUUUUGCUAGUUUACUAGUUCUUAAGCUAUUGUGUGAAGUGUGCUAGGGUCCUUUCUGAAGUGGUUUAGCAGAGCUCUGCAGUUUGCAGGACUAAGCCUUUAAUUUCAAGAGAGUUGACUGCUCUGAGAAGAAGUAGGCAUUUAUUUAAUGCUUCCUUACUCCAUUGGCAAGCUUUAUCAGUAGUUUAAUGGCAGAAGAGAAAUGCUCAAACAGAUGAUUUUUUUCCAAAGAAAAACAAAAUUGUUGAUUCUGUUCUGUAUGUAUUAAAAGAUUCAGAAUUGCUUGGACUUUGAAUAUCCUAAGACUUGAACUCUUUCUCUAGUCCCCUUUCCUUCCGUUUUGGCUGCCUUCUUUGUCCCUGUGGGAGGGUUUCAGGGUCAGUUUAAACCUUUUCUAAAAUAUGAAUGGGUGAGUGAACAUUUUUUAGGGAACCUCUUUUCACAUGUUCUGAGAACUGGGGGCUGCAACACGUUUUAUCAACAGUGUCCACAUCGCAGACGUUUCACAUCAUAUUUGCCUUUUGUUCCACUCAAUCCAGGAAAGUCUAGCGUAUGCACUUUAUCUCAUAAUCUUCCAGGACAUACGCACACACUCCAGAUAGCACUUCAUAUCCAUUAAGCAGACAUAUAAACUAAAGAAUGUUAGUCUAUGUUCUACAUUUUUAAAAUAUUAACAUGUUUUUCCCUCAUCAAGCCAAAACCAGAGUGAGCCAAAUUAGGAGUUUGGGGUUUUGUUUAGUUGGCUUGCUUUUCAUUAAAGGAAAAAACUUGCACUGGACAGUCAAAGGCUCAUGUGUUGCGUAGUCUCAGCAAUAUUUUAAGAUAGACAUUGCAUUAAAGCCCACAACAAUACUAUCUACACCCCACCUUCCUGACUGGAUUUAAUAGUGACCACAGUCUCUUAGUUGCCUAGAAGUGGAUUUUUUAAAAAACCAAUUGAAUACACAUACAACAUCAUUAUUACCUAGCUAGUGCUUAUCCUUUGUUUCUCUGUUUUCUUAGGAUGUGUAUUUUUAAUUUAGGAUUAUAACUCCUGAUAAUGUUUCUGUGAGCCUUUUAUGUGAUUUAUAGGAAGACUGGGUUAUUGUUAUCACCAUUAUACCUCUUUUGUAAAACUACUCAACACUAAGACCUGCUUGUUGGGCAGAAAUCUGUGGGCAGAAUGUUGAUGUUACCCCCCAUCCAUGAGGGUUUAAUAACCUUAUUGUUAAUCAGUCUUCCUCCAUAGGAAUCUCAUAGUUCCAAGGAUGAAUGCACAGUACAUUACCGAUUUACUGGGUACCUCAGCAUCUCUGGUUUAUCACUUAUUGCUUUGGCCACCUCCCUAUCCAGCAGCCAUGAAGCAAACCCAAAAGGCAGAUUUCUAGAAUGGAGGAGUAUGUCAUAAUAAAGGCAGACAUUUGCCUUAGUUGGAGGUAUCUGACUGCUUUAUAAACAUUAGAGAAAUACUUUGGAUCUGGUUAGGAGAGGAGGCCGCUUAGCUGGGAGCUGUGCCCAUUUUCCUCUCAUUGCGCAGUAGGAUGUUGGAGAUGAGAGGACCUGUUCCCAUAUCCUGCAGCUGCUUUGGGGAACCAAGGCCCUAAGAAACCACAUUUCCUAGUCCAAGAAUCCAUAGAAGGAGGGAGCUAUUGACAGAGUUGGAUUUUAUGGAUUCUAAGUUGAGUCCUCUGGCCACUAGCAGUACUAAAAAUAGAUUAGAAGGGUUUCUUCUAUUUACCAUGUUUUAUUUACUUACUUAAUCAGUUUUAAAAUAUGGAAACAUGUUUUAGUGAAUUUGAGAUCUAGAUAUUUCUCUUGGAUUGAAGCAAAAAAUAAAAUCUGAAAGAAUAGGAUUGAACUAUUUGUUCUUCUGAACACCUCACCUUUCAUGAUGUAGUAAAUUACCCUGGGUUUCUUGGCAGAACUUUUGACAGCUGUUGCUUUGAAUGAAUUCCAUUCCUGUAUUCCUUAUGGGAGUUUGUUUUUAAAAUAGACUACUGUGAUUGAAAUGAACUCAAUAUGUAGUAAGUUAUAGUUUUCUUCAAUAUAGCAUGGGUUACUUGGGUUGCAAAUAUUCCAUUUCAGCAUAGUUUAGGGUGAGUAAUCAGAAACAUGAAUUUUUCUUUGAUUCCCUAGUAAUGUCUGAACUAAUAUUAAAGCAUUCCUCUCUUCACAUGUGAUUUAAUUCUAGUCUGUUUCUAAAUGAUAUUUGUCCAUUUCUUAGAUGAGCUUAUAACCAUGGUAAUGAUAGAUUUGUGCUUAUUAAUAGAAGAUCAAUAAGAAAAUAAUCUGGAAUGGAUUUUUUUUUCUUGCAGUUAAGACAGACAUUUGCAAACAUAGUAGUUGGAAAGAUCUCAAUUUUAGUAUAACACCUUAGAGGUAAGAACAUUUGUUCAG